CCGUCUUGACAACAUAUCCAUAAUUGUGCAUUGUCCUUCUUUGGGACAUACUUUCGACGUCGAGGAACCGUCCAGCCGCACGCGCAUCCGUUCGACAGCUCGAGGGCACCGCAUUGGCUGAAGCAAGCCAUCCCUCCGACGCGACGACAUUGUCCUGGAGUGGGACAUUGGUGUAUGGGCAAACAUGUCGCUGGUAGACUACGCGGUCGCCCUGGCAGUCGUUGUUACUACAAGCUUUUUGAGCCUCGCGGUGGUCAUCCAGGCAUUCGCAGGAAUUGUACAUGCGAGAUCUGGUUGGGAGAGAGAAGACAUUGGAGAUGCCGUUAACAAUGUGCAGCCAGCGAGCUCUGAAGACUCUGGGCUUGGCGACCUAAGGCCCAGCGACCCACAGUACAAUGACGCGCAACUGGACGACCUGGUGCGUGCGGGAUCGAGUGAGCCGCAGCCGGUGGAGGAUCUGCAGUCGGCAAGGCGUAGCGACCCGUAUUCCAGCGACCUACUACCGGAGAGAUCCAGCGACCCACAUCCCAGCGACCCACAUCCCAGCGACCCACAACCCAACGACCCACAACCUAACGACCCACAUCCCAACGACCCACACCCCGGUGACCCACACCCAAGCGACCCACAUCCCAGCGACCCACAGCCCAGCAACUCACACCCCAUCAGCCCGCAGUCCGGAGAUCCGCAGCCAGCAAGUGCCAGCGACCACGACCUGCAGCUGGUGAAGUCUAGCGACCCGCGCCCGGUGAGAACCAUCGUUGGACAUUCAUCCUACAUAGACUCAUAA